AUGGGCAACGCGGUGUGUAAGGUGUGUGGCUCAGACAAGGGCCUGAGGACAGCCGGGAGCCUCUCUAACCUGGACCACAACCCUUCACUGGAUUAUUACUGUGUGGAGCAUUUUCCUGUGCAGCCUCCAUUGAUGUUGUCGGACAGUAACACCAGUUUCCUGCGAGCGGCGAGGGCGGGAAACAUUGACAAGGUUUUGGAAUAUCUGAAAGGGGGUGUGGACAUAAGCACCUGCAAUCAGAAUGGUCUUAAUGCAUUGCACCUGGCAGCCAAGGAGGGCCACGUGGAUCUGGUCCAGGAACUGCUGGACAGAGGAGCGGCGGUGGAUUCAGCCACAAAGAAAGGAAACACAGCACUUCACAUAUCCUCCCUCGCUGGUCAGGCUGAAGUGGUGAAGAUCCUGGUCAAGCGAGGAGCUGACAUCAACGCACAGUCUCAGAAUGGAUUCACUCCUUUGUACAUGGCCGCUCAGGAGAAUCACCUGGAUGUGGUGCGAUACCUUCUGGAGAAUGGAGGCAACCAGAGCACUGCUACAGAGGAUGGCUUCACUCCUUUGGCCAUCGCCCUCCAGCAGGGCCACAACCAAGUGGUUUCUAUCUUACUGGAGAACGAUACUAAAGGCAAGGUCCGCUUGCCCGCCCUGCACAUCGCCGCCCGCAAGGACGAUACCAAGUCAGCCGCCCUGCUCCUCCAGAACGACCACAACGCUGACGUCCAGUCUAAAAUGAUGGUCAAUAGGACUACUGAGAACGGCAAGAGUGGAUUCACCCCUCUGCAUAUCGCUGCCCACUACGGGAAUGUCAACGUGGCCACGCUCCUGUUGAACCGAGGGGCGGCAGUCGACUUCACUGCAAGGAAUGGGAUUACUCCUCUACAUGUGGCCUCCAAGCGUGGCAACACUAAUAUGGUUCGCCUGUUACUGGACCGUGGCUCUCAGAUUGAUGCUAAAACGAGGGAUGGUCUCACUCCCCUCCACUGUGCAGCUCGGAGUGGACAUGAUUCAGCUGUGGAGCUGCUGCUGGAGAGAGGAGCACCCUUACUGGCCAGGACCAAGAACGGCCUGUCACCCCUCCACAUGGCAGCACAAGGUGACCACGUGGAAUGUGUCAAACAUCUUCUGCAGCACAAGGCGCCGGUUGAUGACGUCACACUGGACUACCUGACAGCGCUCCAUGUGGCAGCGCACUGCGGCCAUUACAGAGUCACCAAACUGCUGCUGGACAAGCGGGCCAACCCCAACGCCAGGGCACUGAAUGGCUUCACUCCACUGCACAUAGCCUGCAAGAAAAACCGUGUGAAGGUGAUGGAGCUGCUGGUGAAGUAUGGAGCUUCAAUCCAGGCCAUCACAGAGUCUGGUUUGACUCCCAUCCAUGUCGCAGCCUUCAUGGGUCACCUGAACAUCGUUCUGCUGCUGUUGCAGAACGGAGCCUCGCCCGACGUCAGCAACAUUCGUGGAGAAACAGCGUUACACAUGGCAGCCAGGGCGGGUCAGGUGGAGGUGGUCAGAUGUUUGCUGAGGAACGGAGCGAUUGUGGAUGCUAGAGCACGGGAGGACCAGACUCCCCUCCAUAUUGCAUCCCGUCUGGGAAAAACAGAGAUUGUCCAGCUGCUGCUGCAACACAUGGCCCAUCCUGACGCUGCCACAACCAACGGCUACACCCCCCUCCACAUCUCCGCCAGGGAGGGGCAGGUGGAGACGGCCUCUGUGCUGCUGGAGGCCGGGGCUUCACACUCACUGGCAACCAAGAAAGGUUUUACUCCCCUUCAUGUGGCCUCCAAGUACGGAAGCCUGGAUGUAGCCAAACUUCUGCUGCAACGUCGCGCUCCACCUGACUCUGCUGGAAAGAACGGCCUCACCCCGCUCCAUGUCGCAGCACAUUAUGAUAACCAGAAGGUUGCGCUCCUGCUUUUGGACAAAGGAGCGUCCCCCCACACCAUGGCCAAGAACGGCUACACUCCCCUCCACAUUGCGGCGAAGAAGAACCAGAUGGAAAUCGCCACAGUCCUGCUGCAGUACGGAGCCGAGACCAACAUCCUGACCAAGCAGGGUGUAACUCCGCUCCAUCUGGCCUCCCAGGAGGGCCACGCCGAGAUGGCUGACCUGCUCAUGAGCAAAGGAGCUGAGAUCAAUGUCCCCACCAAGAGUGGCCUGACUGCCCUCCAUCUGGCAGCCCAGGAGGACAGAGUGACUGUGGCUGAGAUCCUCACCAGGAACGGAGCCAACCUUGACCAGCAGACCAAAUUGGGAUACACACCGCUAAUUGUAGCAUGUCACUAUGGUAAUGCCAAGAUGGUCAACUUCCUGCUUCAGAAUGGAGCCAGUGUCAACGCUAAGACCAAGAAUGGAUACACUCCCCUCCACCAGGCGGCCCAGCAAGGCAACACACACAUCAUUAACGUCCUGCUGCAGCACGGUGCCAAGCCCAAUGCUAUCACUGUGAAUGGUAACACUGCCCUGGGCAUUGCUCGGAGGCUGGGCUACAUCUCUGUGGUGGACACGCUGAGGGUCGUCACAGAGGAGAUCAUCACCACCACAACGACGGUGACAGAGAAACACAAGCUGAAUGUGCCAGAGACCAUGACUGAAGUCCUGGACGUCUCCGAUGAAGAGGGCGACGACACGAUGACGGGUGACGGAGGGGAGUAUCUGAGGGCCGAGGACCUCAGGGAGCUGGGAGAUGACUCCCUCCCUGGACAGUACCUGGAUGGGAUGAACUACCUCCGCUUCAGCCUGGAGGGGGGACGCACCGACAGUCGAAUACAAAGUUCAGACAGGUCCUUCACCCCCACCCACCACAGCUACUACUCCCCCAAACAUGAAGGCCUGAUGGAUGAGAUGCUCAUCAGCCACCAGGUUUCAUCACUGGCGAGGGAGAAUGAGAGAGAUUCAUACAGACUGAGCUGGGGAACAGAGAACCUGGACAACGUGGCUUUAUCCUCUAGUCCCAUCCACUCCGGCCAUUCCUCUCCGUGCCAUGAUCAUGGAGACCACAGCAGCUUCCUGGUCAGCUUCAUGGUGGAUGCCAGGGGCGGAGCUAUGCGUGGUUGCCGGCACAACGGUCUGCGCAUCAUCAUCCCGCCGAGGAAGUGCAGUGCGCCCACACGGGUGACGUGCCGGCUCGUGAAGAGACACCGUCUGGCCACCAUGCCCCCGAUGGUUGAGGGCGAAGGCCUGGCCAGCAGGCUUAUCGAGGUGGGGCCCUCAGGAGCCCAGUUCCUCGGUAAACUCCACCUCCCGAGUGCCCCUCCACCUCUUAAUGAGGGAGAGAGUUUGGUUAGCAGAAUCCUCCAGCUCGGCCCGCCGGGGACAAAAUUCCUCGGUCCUGUGAUCGUGGAGAUCCCUCACUUUGCUGCCCUGCGGGGGAAAGAGCGGGAGCUGGUGAUCCUGAGGAGUGAGACAGGAGAGAGCUGGAAGGAGCAUCACUGUGAACACACCCAGGAGGAGCUCAACCAGAUACUCAACGGCAUGGAUGAGGAGUUGGACACCCCGGAGGAGCUGGAGAGGAAGCGCAUCUGUCGUAUCAUCACCAGAGAUUUCCCACAAUACUUUGCAGUGGUAUCACGCAUCAAGCAGGACAGUAAUCUAAUUGGUCCUGAGGGAGGUAUCCUGAGCAGCACCGUUGUGCCCCAAGUGCAGGCAGUUUUUCCUGAGGGAGCCCUAACCAAGAGGAUCAGGGUCGGACUGCAGGCCCAGCCAGUGAAUAUAGAUGUUGUGAGGAAGAUCCUGGGGAACAAGGCCACCUUCAGCCCCAUUGUCACCCUGGAGCCCCGCAGGAGGAAGUUCCAUAAACCCAUCACCAUGACCAUCCCUGUCCCCAAGAGCAACUCCGACCCAGUCCUGAACGGUUUCGGAGGAGACACGCCCACCUUAAGACUGCUCUGUAGCAUCACUGGUGGAACAACGCCAGCCCAGUGGGAGGAUAUAACAGGAACCACUCCAUUAACAUUUAUUAAUGACUGCGUCUCCUUCACCACCAACGUGUCUGCUAGGUUCUGGCUCAUCGACUGUCGGCAAGUCCAGGAAUCUGUCAACUUCUCCACUCAGGUGUACCGGGAGAUCAUCUGCGUCCCUUACAUGGCCAAGUUCGUCAUCUUUGCCAAGACCCACGACCCCAUUGAGGCCCGGCUGCGCUGCUUCUGCAUGACUGACGACAAGAUCGAUAAAACCCUGGAGCAGCAGGAGAACUUCACUGAGGUGGCCCGCAGCCGAGAUGUAGAGGUCCUGGAAGGCAAACCUAUCUAUGCAGACUGCUUUGGAAACCUGGUUCCCCUCACCAAAAGUGGCCAGCAUCACCUCUUCAGCUUCUUUGCCUUUAAGGAGAACAGACUAGCACUAUUCAUCAAAAUUCGAGACAACACUCAGGAGCCAUGUGGCCGUCUCUCCUUUAUGAAAGAACCCAGGAACUACAGGUCACUCACGCAAAAUGCCAUAUGCAACCUCAACAUCACUCUCCCAUCAUACUGCAAGGAGUCCGAUUCAGACCAAGAGCCAGAGGACGAGAAGGAUCAGACAUCCCCUGAAGACCCACAGGAUGAAGCAGAGAGAAAAGAGGAACGGUUGGCCAUUAUAGCCGACCACCUGGGCUUCAGCUGGACGGAGUUGGCACGAGAACUGGAUUUCAGUGAGGAGAGGAUCAACCUGGUAAGGACUGAAAACCCCAACUCACUGCAAGACCAAAGCCAUGCCCUUUUGAAACUUUGGGCAGAGGGGGAGGGACAGCAUGCCACAGAAAUGACAUUGAUCAAAAGGCUGACAAAGAUUAACCGAAUGGACAUCGUUCACCUCAUUGAAACCAAGAUAAUCAAGUCCACACAGGAGGAGACGACAUCACAUACCUAUGCAGAAAUCGAGCGGACCAUAGCACUGGACCAUAGUGAAGGUUUCUCUGCUCUUCAUGACGACAUUGACAGCCCCAGGCCGGGCAGACGCACGGAGCCCACACAUAGGAGCCCAGGCUCAGGACAAGAGGUCCCCAUAGUGUCAGCAGAGGACCUGUCCUCCAGUUUGUCAUCACUUCAUGACACGACAGGACGAUCAGAGACAGACUCCACGGCAACAGGACUUCUUAGAAAUACCCAAAAAGAGAAACUACAAAAAGAGAUGGAGACAACAUACUCAUCACAAAGAAUAUAUGAGGAAGUGACGGACUCGGUACACGCAGGCAGUUUUAAACAAGCUGAUAACCUUCCAGAUAUCCCAGCACAGACGGUCACAGAGGAGAAGUACACGGACGAGCACGGGAACAUGGUCGUUAAGAAAAUCACACGGAAGGUGAUUCGUAAAUGCGUAUCUGCAGAUGGCAUGGAGACACAGGAAGUGACCAUUGAGGGCUCUCACCAGGAGACGGUGCAGAUCGAGGAGGGGGACACUGUCUCCAGAGUGGUGAAGAGAACAGUGCUCCACAGUGAGGGAGAUCAGAGAGAGCUGACCUUCUCUGAGCCCCUGGCCCUGUGCUCCACCGCAGCAUCAGAGUUUGAGAUGGAGCCAGUGCAGGGUCGAAAGGUCAGCAAGGUUGUCAAGACGACAGUGGUGAGAGGCGAGAGGAUGGAGAAACAGACGGGAGACCCCUCGCUGGCUGCAGAUCUCCCCUCAGCCAGAGAGGACUUUGAGAAGAAGCCAGAUGCGUAAGUCACGAACCCAGAAGAGGACUGUGGUGAGGGAUGCCCAGGGGAAGCACGUGCACCUGGAGCGUGUGGAUGACACCCCAGACGCCCUGC